AUGAUCAAGCUCCUCCUCUUCCCAAUCUUUCUCUCCAUCAUCACCAUCACAGCAGCACAAAACAUCUACGUCCUCGACACCGAUGGCGAGCCGAUAAGGACUGACAGACAGUACUACAUCGUCCCCGGGAACACCGACGUUGCCGGAGGGUUCACUCUAGCAGGCAGGAAUGGUUCAUGCCCUCUCAGUAUAGCUCAAUCUCCUCAAGUAGGAGACUCAGGUAUUCCAGUGACCUUCACUCGUGUAAGCCAAGACAUUGUCACUAUUAAUUAUGAUGAAGACGUGAACAUUGCAUUUUCGACAUCAACGACAACAUGCGAGGCGUUCUCGACAGUCUGGAGGCUCGCCGAAGCCGAUGAAGUCUUCAGCAGAGCAUAUGUUUCAACAGGAGGAUAUACAGGAGUCUCUGGAAAUCAAGCAUCACUGAACUUUUGGUUCAGGAUAGAGAGACACAUGGAAGUUUACAGGCUUGCCUUUUGCCCUACUGUGUGCAAUGACUGUAAUCCUACUUGUGGGCUUUUGAACGUUGACAUUGUGGAAGAUCAACGUUGGUUGAGUUUGUUUAGAUAUGAUGAGAGUGUGCUUCCUGUCCAGUUUAGGAAGGCAUGA